AAUGAAAAGCAUGCCAAUGCAACUGAAUGUGAUUACUUAUAAGAUGGAGAGCGCCCCAUUUCAAAAUUUGAUCAAAAAUUAUAUUCGACUUGGACACUUAUCACCAUGUCUUCCAGCACCACGACGCCUUCCGCGAAUGAAAAUGUUGAAGAGGUUGGAAAGAGAUAUUUCCUUCCGCGGAGCUACGAUGAGGGUAGGCGCAUGCAAAAUCAGCAUGAGUGGAUUAAGGGAUGCGCUGGUGGCCUGAUUAAGGCCCCAAUUGACCGAACACGCUCGAACCUUCAUGUGCUGGACGCUGCCACAGCGGAUGGCUAUUGGAUACAUGACGUCGCCAGGGAAUUUCCAAAAGAUGCCGAGUUCGUCGGUUUUGACAGCGCCCCUGAGGAGUUUCCGCCCAUCGAGAACCCCUCUACCAAAUUUCAUGUUGCCAAACAAAAUUUGAUCGAGACAUUCCCGGCGGAGUGGGCGAACAAAUUCGAUCUGGUUCAUCAACGCUUCGUCAUCCCCCUGUUCAAAGAAGCGGAGGUUCCAAACGUCCUAAAGAAUUUAACCGGCUGUGUCAAGCCUGGAGGAUGGAUUCAAUUGGUGGAGAUGGAUUUCAGCGCCUAUGUCCAAGCCGAGAAAACUACUGCGAUCAACAUGCUUCAUACAUUGACGAACUCAAUUGUCUCGGACCCCAAGGCUGCUACAAAGCUUGGACGUCGCCUUGAAGAGCAGGGUUUUGUCAAUGUACACUCUGAGGGAAUUAAUCUGGUUGCCGGAAACGCACCUGAAAGUUCUGAGCUGGGUGAACGGGGUUCUCGAAACAUGCUGGCUGUCCUGCAGUACUUUAUGUCAGUAGCAAAGCCGGAAAUGUUUGGCAUGACCCAAGAGGAGUGGGCAAGCUUGCCUGAGAAAUUUACGCAGGAUAUGAAGGAGCAUAAGAUGGUACUGAGAGUGUAUUACGUUUGGGCGCAGAAGCCGGAACAGUGAUUUAUUUUUGAUGAAAUACAUUGUAAUUAUUUCUUUUUUUUAAAAAAUAAAAUAAAGAAUUUCUAGAGC